GCUACUUAUUCUUGUGAAGUUUCAUGAAAAUACAAACAAACCGAAACAGAGUCGCAUGUGCCAAAAAGCUUGUCAAAGUUUAGGGGCUCCUCAGAACAAUCAGACAAUCGAACUCAAACAUCAAUCUACCUGUGGGGAUGAGCCGCCAAGAAAGCACCGCCGUGUCUCCGCCGCACGUUCUCAUUUUCCCUGUACCGCUGCAAGGCCACGUGAACUCCAUGCUCAACCUGGCGGAGCUCCUCUGCCUCUCCGGCCUCCACGUCACCAUUCUCCUCUCCGACUACACCCACAACCGCCUCCUCCGCCACGCCAGCCUCCAGUCCCGGUUCUCCCGCCACAGUGGCUUCCGGGUGGUCACCAUCUCCGAUGGCCUCCCUGCGGAUCACCCCCGAGUGGGAGAGCGCAUCGUGGAUAUUGUGUUGAGCCUCAAAGAAGUCGGUGGGCAACAGUUCCGCCACUUGAUGGAGUCGACUGAUGGGCUGAGUGAUGGUGGCGCUAGGAGGCGGGUGAGCUGCCUGAUCGUGGACGGGGUGUUCAGAUUUGCGAUUCCAGUGGUUGAAGAAAUGGGAAUUCCUUACAUAUACUUCAGGACAAUCAGCGCGUGUUCCUUCUGGCCGUAUUUCUGUCUUCAAGAGAUUAUCGAUGCCGGCGAAGUCCCUUUGAAAGGGAAGAAUGAGGACAAAUUAACAUAUUGGAAAAAGAAAGAAAUGGACCUGAUGGUAACAAGCGUGCCGGGCAUGGAGAGGGUUCUCCGGCGACGCGACAUUCCAAGAUUUUGCCAAGUAGAAGACAUUAAUCACCCUGGACUACAGACCAUGAAAACAGAGACUAGAAGAACUAUCGAUGCCAGCGGACUCAUACUCAAUACAUUUGAAGAUCUGGAAGGGCCAAUUCUUGAUGAAAUCCGCAAACACAUUCCCAACCUAUAUUCCAUCGGCCCCCUCCAUGCACUUUUGAAAGCCGGGCUGGAGUCUGAAGGAAUGGAAUCAUCGCGCAAUCGUUCGAGCAGUUUUUGGGAGGAAGACCAAAACUGCAUUGCCUGGCUUGACUCUCAGCCUGCCAGCUCUGUGAUAUAUGUGAGCUUUGGAAGUGUUACAAUAUUGACAAGGGAUGAACUGUUGGAAUUCUGGUACGGGCUGGUUAAUAGCGGGCACAGAUUCUUGUGGGUAAUAAGGCCUGAUUCCAUCAUUGGAAACGAUAACGGGAAUGGGAAUGAGAUUCCAGUGGAGCUAGAGGAAGGUACCAAGUCAAGAGGGUACAUGGUGGGAUGGGUGCCGCAGCAGCAAGUUCUAGCCCAUCCAGCAAUCGGUGCGUUUUUCACGCACAGUGGAUGGAAUUCGACCCUGGAAAGUAUUACAUUAGGCCUGCCAAUGCUGUGUUGGGCUUACUUUGCGGAUCAGAUAACAAAUAGUAGGUUCGUAAGUGAGGUGUGGAAGGUUGGGUUGGACAUGAAAGAUACCUGUGAUAGAAUCAUAGUGGAGAAGAUGGUGAAGGAAGUGAUGGAGGUGAGGAGGGAAGAAUUCUUGGAGAGGGCUGAUAGUAUGGCGACUUUGGCAAGGAAGGCGAUCUCUGAAGGGGGGUCAUCUUACUUGAAUUUGAAUGGAUUGAUUGAGUUUUUGAAGUCGACAGUGUCUUGAGCUUGGUUUAGUAAUUUGAUGGAUGUGUCCAAUGUUUGCAUUUGGAUGUUUACCAAUAAUUGAGGAACAUGUGAACUGCCCAUAGGUUUAUGUUGCACCAAAUGAACUUGAUAAACUUUUAAUUAA